AUGGAUCGAGUUUCUCAAAAACUCAAGCACUGGAAAGCACAAUUUCUCAUCCCAGCGGGGAAGGUGAUUUUGGUUCAGUCCUCUCUUGCUGCGAUGCCUCAAUAUGUUAUGUCAUGUUUCAGUUUGCCUGCAUCUAUGUAUAAGAGCUUGGAUUACACAAGCCGCAGUUUCUUUUGGUCUAACGGUACCUCUCGUCAAACGCCCACAAUAGCUUGGAGCACAAUAUGUCAACCUAAGAAUAUGGAAGGACUCGACAUUAAGAAAUCAACAGUGAUGAAUUUAGCUUUGCUUGCUAAGAAAGGAUGGGAACUUCUGGUCCACCCUUCUUCUCUAUGGCAUUCUCUAAUGAAGAAGAAAUAUUUUCCCCAUUCCACCUUCCUUCAUGCAAAAUGCCCAGUUACUGCUUCAUGGGGAUGGAAAUCAAUUUGCCUAUCUAGGGACAUUCUUCUACAAGGAGCAUUUCACAUCAUUGGUGAUGGCCAAUCCAUUAAUCCUUGGAGCGACUAUUGGAUUCCGAAUCAUCCUCCAUUGGUGGCUCCUUUUCCAAUACAUUAUUCAGCUCCAACUAAAGUUCUUCAUCUCACUAACCCAGUGGACCGAACUUGGCGUAGGGAACUCAUCUUGCAGUGGUGGCCUCCGGAUAUAGCAACUGCAAUCCUCUCCAUAUUCAUUCCUAUAUUUCCUUUAGCUGAUAAGAUCGUGUGGUGUUUGAAUUCUUCUGGCAAGUUUUUCGUUGUCUCGGCCUAUCAUCUUAUUCUUAAUGGUGGGAGGCAGACUUCUCAGUCACUGUUCCCUUGGCACAAGAUCUGGAAUCUUCCACGGCUCCUAAAAUCCAAUACUUGA